AUGGUGAUCUCUGUCACCACAGCCCAUUACCAGAACGUUGAAGAUGUUGCUGUGGAGACUCAAGGGGCUGGGGAAAACCUCGAUCACCCAAUGGAGCCAGUGCAGGUGAAUGAGAUUCCCAAAAUCUCCUACAAGGACUCCUUUUUGGGGAAUGGUCCGUCGAUUGACAUACCAGAUGGCGAUGAGCUCAUGUCAGAUGAAUCGGAAGAUGAAUCAACUGAAGACGAUCCUGACUGUCCCACCAUUCGGAUAAAGAAAAGCAUCGAUGCUCGCAUCAGAAACCGAUGGAGGCGUGCAAUUACCUUCUGUGUGCUAGAAAAAUCUCUCCCCUUUGCCUUUGUUCACCGGCGUAUCCAGAAAAUGUGGGCAAGAACAGGAGGAGUCCGAAUUGGAGACAUUGGAAAUGGUUUCUUCCAGGCUUCCUUUGAUUCUCAAUUAGAUCAUGAUCGAGCGCUGUAUGGAGGGCCAUGGACUAUCGAUGACCACUACAUUGCGGCGGAACAAUGGCGGCUGGAUUUCGAUCCUGAUUUUGACACCAUCACCAAAGCCUCUGUUUGGGUAAGACUUCUUCGACUUCCCCUGGCUUACUUUGAUGAGGAAAUCCUUCAGGGUAUUGGGGACAGAAUCGGAAGGGUAGAGAAGAUAGACUACAACACGGCCAAUGGUUCAAGAGGAAACUACGCAAGAAUCUGUGUGGAGAUCGACCUAAGGAAAAGGCUUGUUUCAAAGUACAGGAUCAAAAGAAGGGUCAGACGAGUGGAGUAUGAAGGGCUUCACACUGUGUGCUUUGGGUGCGGCUGCUAUGGCCAUUUUGAGUAUUCUUGCCCCCUUGUCCAUCCCCCAGAAGCGACCCCCGAGGAAAAAACAAAAGCUACACAGGAGACACACCAGGAGCAGAAGAUUAGACCUGAAAUUCUUGAGGACUUUGGGCCCUGGAUGCUGGCGACGAGGGCCAAAAGAAGACCAAGGCAACAGAGUAACCAAAAGAACAACAACCAAGAAAAGAAGAGAGAAGAGCCAGGGGAGCAAGGAUCUCGGUUUAGUGUUCUCGAUGGGGAAGUGGAAAUGGAUGCUGAAGAAGAUAUUGGUGCAGCAAUCAAUGAAGAAGAGGGAUUACAUUCUAAUAUGGAGGCAACUAACUCAGCAAGUCCUCCCGAGAGAAAAUAG